AGUUCAGUCUGAAGCCACGUUGAGCUGCAUUUUUCUGCACAGACAUAAGAAGUUGCAAGAAGCUUGACUCUCACCUUGAGGAAGUGCCCUGUGCUUGCUGGGACCUUCCAAGGAAGCCCCUCUACUUCCUGCCCAUCCUUUGUCUUGGCUGACCCGCUCCUGUGACUGUCUUCUGUAUUCUCCUUGGUGCGCUGAGGUACCCAGGGGCACGGGGCAUCCUGUCCAUUCCUGGCAUGGCAUCGUCACCUGGCCUGGGGGGCAGCUAUGGCGGCAGCGGCUACACCUGCAACCUGGGUGGGGGCUUUGGCUCCAGCUUUGGGGUGUCGGAUGCUCUGUUGGGGGGCAGUGAGAAGGAGACCAUGCAGAACCUCAACGACCGGCUGGCCGCCUACCUGGACAAGGUGCGCGCCCUGGAGGAGGCGAACGCCGACCUGGAGGUGAAGAUCCGAGAUUGGUACAAGAAGCAGGGUCCUGGGCCCGCCCGUGACUACAGCCCCUACUUCAAGACCAUUGAGGACCUGCGGAACAAGAUCCUGGCGGCUACGAUCGACAACGCCAGCUUUGUCCUGCAAAUCGACAAUGCCCGUCUGGCGGCUGAUGACUUCCGCACAAAAUAUGAGACGGAGCUGAACCUACGCAUGAGCGUGGAGGCCGACAUCAACGGCCUGCGCCGGGUGCUGGACGAGCUGACCCUGUCCAGGGCUGACCUGGAGAUGCAGAUCGAGACCCUCAAGGAGGAGCUGGCCUACAUGAAGAAGAACCAUGAGGAGGAAAUGAAUGCCCUUCGUGGUCAGGUGGGCGGGGACGUCAGCGUGGAGAUGGACGCGGCCCCGGGCGUGGACCUGAGCCGCAUCCUGAACGAGAUGCGUGACCAGUACGAGAAGAUGGCGGAGAAGAACCGCAAGGACGCCGAGGACUGGUUCUUCAGCAAGACAGAGGAGCUGAACCGCGAGGUGGCCACCAACACCGAGGCCCUGCAGAGCAGCAGGACUGAGAUCACGGAGCUCCGCCGCUCUGUGCAGAACCUGGAGAUCGAGCUGCAGUCCCAGCUCAGCAUGAAAGCCUCACUGGAGAACAGCCUGGCGGAGACCGAGGCGCGGUACGGGGCGCAGCUGGGCCAGCUGCAGGGACUCAUCUGCAGCGUGGAGGAGCAGCUGGCCCAGCUGCGCUGCGACAUGGAGCGGCAGAGCCACGAGUACCAGGUGCUGCUGGACGUGAAGACGCGGCUGGAGCAGGAGAUCGCCACCUACCGCCGCCUGCUCGAGGGCGAGGAUGCCCAUCUGGCCACUCAGUACUCCUCAUCCAUGGCCUCGCAGUCCUCCCGGGAAGCCAUGGUGACCAGCCGUCAGGUGCGCACCAUCGUGGAGGAAGUCCAGGACGGCAAGAUGGUCUCCUCCCGCGAGCAGGUCCACCGGUCUACCCACUGAGGCCCACUGCUGCGUGUGACAGUCCAGUCUCAGAGGUCAUGGACAGCUGAUGCCUGCAGCCCCCGCCCCCCCGCAUCGACUGCCAUGCCUGAGGGUCCACCUGAGAACCUCCCAUGAGCUGUAGUCUUCUCUAUCCACUUCCUGUUGCCCUUCAU